AUGGUUGUUGCAGAGGCACGUUCACCAGACCAUUCGAGUCUGACUCGUCGCUGCGUGAUCAUGAAGCUGUCUGACUUUACAGUAGACCGCUUUCUAGAGUCUAAGAGGCAGAAGGCAGCGGCAGUGCUCAUACUGAUACCUCAGAACAUCUCGACCAUAUCUGAAGAUGUCAUCCAGGGUUUCAUGGUUACAGAGUCGGAGGCUCUGAAGAUAGACACCCUCAUGCCUGUUUACGUGGUCCCUGAGGAUGAGCAGCUACUAUAUAUGUAUGCAGAAGUGAAGCAUGCCACAGCCACCAAAUCUGCCUCCAUCCUGAUUAGAGUUCUCUGCAGUAUGGUCACAACCACUGCCUUUCAGAUAUUGGUGAACAACAACUCCCCCAUCAAGGCCAUCACUGACAACUCUAUUAUUACAUUAGAGGGUGUGCUUCCUGGAGUUGGUGAGGACCCGCCCACAAUUGUUAUCACCGCCUAUUAUGACUCGUUUGGCCUUGCACCAUGGCUGUCAUAUGGAGCAGACUCGAAUGGCAGUGGCGUCACCAUACUGCUAGAACUGGCUAGACUCUUUCAACGACUUCACAGCGAUCCUCGCAACAAGGCUCCGUUUCACCUCCUUUUCUCUCUUACUGGUGGAGGGAAAUAUAAUUUCAUCGGCACCAAACGCUGGCUGGCUGAAAACAUGGACCAUGCAGAAUCCAGUCUUUUGCAUGAUAAUGUGGCCUUCGUCCUCUGUUUGGACUCUCUUGGCUCUGGUGACGAACUGUUCCUCCAUGUAUCUCGACCCCCAAAACCAGAGACGCCUCAUUUUAGCUUCGUCCAGCAACUAGAAGAAGUGAUCUCAUCCAGGUUUCCAUGGGUGCGGUUUGCAACCGUCCACAAGAAGAUCAACCUGCAAGAGUCUACUCUAGCAUGGGAGCAUGAGCGCUAUGGAAUGAGACACAUCCCAGGAUUCACUCUGUCUCACUUGCAAGACCCUAGAUCAGAGCGUCGGGGCUCCAUCCUUGACACCAUGUCUCAGGUGGACAUCAGAAAACUGAAACGUAAUGCAGUCAUUGUUGCUGAGGCCUUGGUGAGGUACAUGUAUAACCUGUCAGACAAGGGUUCUCCAAAAGAAUUGCAAGUUUUCCGGGGCAGUUUGGAUGUCCUGGACAGUCGUUUAUCUGCUCUGAUGACCAUGUUGACUUCUGUGCCGCGAGCCACUCAGCUGAUGGACAGAGAGCCGCAGCACACUCUGCUCAUCGAUAGCCUGGAGCAGGAGUUCAGACGGCACCUCCAACAGGUCUACAGACACACUUUCCGUCAGGACCACAGGGAUCCUGACAUUACAUUCUUCGAUCAAAUGAAGCAGCCAAUGAUGAUGUACAGGGUGAAGCCGGCUGCGUUUGAUCUCUUCCUGGGUGGCUGUAUUGCCGGAUAUUUAGGAUUAGUGUACUACGCAAUCCAGAACUUUGGAAAUGUCUAUGCAAGACUCAAAGCUGUCAUGAAAAACAAACAGCAGUGAGACGGAGUAAGACCAGUGCUGAAGCGUGUGUUAAA